CGCGACCAGCCACCGACGUGUGUUUACGGUCCGAGGCUCCGGCGGAAGCGGCGAGAGAGUUGUUUGCUCUUCGGGGAUCAACGUUGUGUGUACUACAUUUCCGCUGUUGUGCAUCGUACCGGAAAGUUUCAAGAAUGUGUUGAGCUGAUUACAUCUAGGCUACACUAGGGUUUCGGGAAUGGAAUCGACAUUAUUGCUGCUCCUACUGAUCGGGUGCAGCGAGAAAUUUGCGCUUGGUCAGCAAGGUCCGGUCUUCAUCCUGGAACCGCCGAGCACCCUGGUCUUUUCAAAUACCACCGGCUCCCAAUUAAGCUGUUCCGCACACGGUAGCCCGACGCCGCACGUCACGUGGAUUACCAGCCCGGAUCAAAGAUCGGUUACGGCAGUUCCGGGACUCAGACAACUUCUGGGAAACGGGACGCUGUACUUCCCGCCAUUUCUGUCUCAGGAUUUUAGAGCCGAAGUUCACAAUGCUCGUUAUAGAUGCCGGGCGACCAGUUCCGUUGGAACCGUACUCUCUCGCGAGGUCACUCUUCGGGCUGUAUUGACGGUAUCCGGAUACGACGUCAGGGUAAAUAGACAACCAGUCAUGGAGGGAUGCAACGCGGUGCUAUCUUGUACUGCCCGGGAAGACGUUAAGGAACAUCUCACCGUAACUUCCUGGUUCCGUGACGAUGCCAUUCUCUUACCUGGAAACACAGAUACCGGUGGAAGAUUCGUGGUUACCUCGCAGGGCGAUCUUCAUAUUAGGGCUGCCAGACCAGAAGACGGCAGAGCGACAUAUUCGUGUUUAACCCUGCAUGCCUUGACCAGCGAACGAAGGAGAAGCGAACCCGCCACUUUGACAGUCACGGAACCGACUGGUUCGUUAGGGCCGCGAUUGAUGCAACGAUCCGAGAUCGCUAUUUCCGCCGAAAGCGGCUCCGACGUUCACCUCACGUGCUCGGCGCAAGGAAGCCCGCCACCGCAAUUUACCUGGUAUCGCGAUGUUAAUGGCCACUCGAUACCGGUCGAGUCGUUCGGUCGUAUCCAGCUUUGGGGUGAUUUAAUGCAAAUUCGUCGUGUAGACGCGCAGGAUGCCGGAAGAUACGUUUGCCGAGCCAGCAAUCACCUUGGCGAGCAGCGAGCGGAGACGCACUUGUCGGUCACUUCAAAGCUAAACGCUCGGAUUCAACCGCGCGUACAGGUCGUUAAUUCCGGUGAAACCGCCACGAUGAACUGCACGGUCGAGGGAUAUCCGGUCGAGAGCGUUGAGUGGCUACACGAUGGUGUGCCAGUAUUGACCGCGCAGGACACGAGGAUCAGAUUGUUGGCUCCCUUGGUGCUCGUGAUAGGCUCCGUCGGUCGCAGGGACAAAGGGAUGUAUCAGUGUUUGGUGAGGAGCGACAAGGAAAAUGCUCAGGCCACCGCUGAACUAAAACUCGGAGAUACGGUUCCGGAACUGCAGUACACGUUUAUCGAGCAAGCGCUACGACCCGGACCGCCGGUCUCUCUGCGAUGUUCCGCUACCGGUUCACCGACGCCAUCCUUUACGUGGCUACUCGACGGUGAACCAUUGAGUCAGAUUGCGACCGGACACAGAUACGCGAUAGGCCAAUAUGUGGAUCAAUCCGGUGACGUGAUCAGUCACUUAAACAUUUCAUCCGCGGGAACCGAGGACGGCGGUCUGUACGCUUGCGUAGCGUCCAAUACCCUGGCGACCGUCGAGCACAAAGCUAGAUUGAAUAUUUACGGACCGCCAUACAUCCGAUCGAUCGGCCCGGUUCGUGCCAUCGCCGGUUUUGACGUCACAAUAGCGUGUCCUUACUCAGGAUAUCCGAUCACAUCGGUCGGGUGGACUCGAAAUAAUGUCGAGUUGCCUUUAGACAUCAGGCAGCAAGUCGACAGUGAGGGCCACCUUACAAUCAUCACGGUAGAUCCAAACGAUGCAGGUACCUACACGUGUAUAGUUCGAGCGAGUUCCGGGGAAACCGCCAACAGAGAUAUCCUGCUAAAUGUGAAUAGUCCUCCAGUAAUGACUCCCUUCAGCUUCCCCCCGAGUUCGCAGGAAGGUAGUCGUGCACAAGUGACGUGCAGCGUGACUUCGGGCGAUCUUCCAAUCUACAUUUCCUGGUUGAAAGACGGCGAGCCACUGCCUUCUUCCCUUCGCAUCGAAGAGCGAGGCGCCGAGUUCUUUAACGUGCUCGUCUUCAAGGAACUAUCAUCGCGACACAGCGGCAAAUACACCUGUGUGGCCACGAAUAGCGCCGCCAAGGUCAACCAUACGGCGGAACUUUUGGUAAAAGUACCACCUCAAUGGAUAUUCGAACCGCAGGAGGUGGCGACCCUUCUGGGAAACCCGCUGAAUGUCCAUUGCGAGGCCAAGGGUUUUCCGCCCCCUCAUAUCACGUGGCUCCGUGCCAAGGGUAAAAUGUCCAACGACUAUCAGCCCUUGGUCGAUGGUUCUGACGGUAGACUCACGAUAUUGCCUAAUGGCUCUUUGUGGACGGCUUCGGCCAGUCCACAGGAUGAGGGUCAGUAUCUCUGUCGAGCUAACAAUGGUAUCGGAUCGGGGCUAAGUAAAGUGAUAUACGUCUCUGUGCACGAACCCGCGAGGUUCGAGUUCCAGAGUGAAAAUGUUACGAUUCGUCGUGGAGAAUCCGUGACGAUUGACUGUACUGUGAUCGGCGAUAAUCCUAUAGAGGUACAAUGGAUGCACAACAGCGAUAGAUUGGAUAUGAGCAAUCAUAGAUUAAGCAUCGGCCAAAUAAAGACCGACAAUGGCCUGAAGUCUCAAUUAUCUAUCGCGAAUAGCGAUCGACAAGAUUCCGGGGUUUAUCGGUGCACCGCUGAUAAUGCUUACGGAAGAAGCGAGCAUUUGAUUUAUUUAGCAGUCCAAGAGAGACCGGAUCCUCCAGCCGGACUCGAAGUCAUAGAGAUUGGUUCUCGAUCGAUAAGGCUAUUAUGGAAGCGAGCUUUCGACGGAAAUAGCCCCAUAAGAAAUUACGUGAUACAAUAUCGCUCUCUGAGCCACGGCAUGACCGACGAUUGGAAUCCCGUUAAAACGCACAACGUCACGUACACGCCAGGAAGCUCCAAUAGCGGUAAUUCCAUACAUCCAACCCAAAACGAUUUAUCUCCGUUCGAGACCACCGGCGAUGAUCAAGAGGUAGCGCUAAUCGGUGGUCUUCAUCCGGCUGUCACCUACACCUUCAGAAUAUUCGCCAUAAACUCCAUCGACGCGAGCGGGCCCACGGAACCAGUCGUAGCGAAGACUCAGGAGGAAGCACCUACAGAAUCGCCGCAAAAUAUCAAAGUGCAACCCGCCGGGCCUGGAGAACUCAUGGUCAGUUGGCAACCCCCUCCGAAAGAAUCGUGCAACGGAGAUCUACUGGGAUAUAUAGUAACGUGGUCGGAGCAUUCGUCGUCGACCUCGGGUGUUAAUCAAAGUAAAAGUCUGACCGUGAAUGGUUGGGCGACGACAAAAGUACAGCUCACAGGUCUGAGAAAAUUUACGAAAUACGACAUUUCAAUCAGAGCUUUCAAUAGCAUAGCCAGUGGGCCAGCUAGCGUUCCUAUCGUGGGCACUACUCAAGAAGGAGUGCCAGAAACGCCACCGACUCAAGUGACAUGCGUUCCAUUGUCCUCCCAAAGUGUCAAAGUAUCCUGGAACGCGCCGCCGCCUCAUCAACACGGCGGAAUUAUCCAAGGAUACAAGGUCUAUUAUAGGCCGGUCCCUACCGAUAACAUGGAUAUAUCGACACUCGGGGAAGUAAAGAGAACUUCCAGUAUGGAGACUUAUUUGCACACGCUGUACAAGUACACGAAUUACUCCAUCAAGGUGUUGGCUUACACAGGUGCGGGUGACGGUGCGCUGAGUCCACCAAUUUUUUGCAUGACGGAAGAGGAUGUUCCAGGUCCACCUGCUGGCAUUAAAGCGCUGGCGUUGACGGCGGAGAGCAUAUUGGUUUCUUGGUUGCCACCGUUGCAACCUAAUGGAAAUGUCUCAAAAUACACCGUAUACAGCAGAGAAGCCGGUUCCAAUAAUCACAAUGCUCACACGAUGCACGAACCACCAUUAUCGCCUACAGAUACUCUUACAAUGGAAUUACGCGACCUGGUGGAAAGAAAAUCGUAUGAAUUCUGGGUGUCAGCAACAACGGGCCUUGGAGAAGGAGAACGAACUACCGUAGUUACGCAAACGACGAAUACUAGAGCUCCCGCUAGAGUAGCAUCGUUCUCGCAAGUGUUAAGGAGAGCUGUAAAAUCAACGGUUACGCUGUCGUGUUUGGUGGUGGGAAAUCCUACGCCACGACCUAUCUGGACGUACAGAAAUGGUCAAAUUACCACCGGUAGACAUUACGAACUUACGAUCGAUGGGCAUCUUAUUAUACGCGGACUGGAACAAUCGGUCGCGGGAAAUUAUACUUGCUCGGCUAGCAAUUUAUUCGGUGACGAUUCCAUCACGUAUUCGUUAAUCGUGGUGAUGCCACCCAAGGCACCGUUACUGGAAUUACAAUAUACGACAACCAAUAGUAUCAGAUUCCGUUGGAAUCAUCCCGAUAAUGGCGGUGCUACUAUACAAGGAUAUGUAUUAAGUUAUAAGAGGGAUCAAGGUGGAUGGGAAGAAAUCGCUUUAUCUCCCGAGCAAACGGAAUUUGUACUCUCCGGAUUAAAAUGUGGUUCUUCCUAUCUUGCGCAUUUAACGGCACAUAAUCGCGUCGACACCGGCGAUCCAAGUCCGUUAAUCAGCGCAACAACAAAAGGCACCGCACCUUUAUUACCUAAGGAAAGAGAUAUUAUCUCGGCAAAUGGCACGUCAGUGAAACUGAAUUUAUUAUCUUGGCCUAACGGAGGAUGCCCCAUUCAGCAUUACACCGUUGAAUACCGCAGGCGAAUCAACACGGAACCUUGGAUUUUGGUGGCUAGCAGAGCGACCGAGAAUCUCGUAAUUCGUGAUCUAAAGACAGCAUCGUGGUACAGUUUACGUUUAACAGCGCACAACGAUGCCGGCUCGACUCAGACACAAAUGGAAUUCGCCACGACUACGUUGAGCGGAGUCAGUAUUGGUCCCCCUAACGAUUUGAUCAUGGAAGACGAGAUCAGAAAAACUGUACCCAAUCACAAAGUUUUAUACGUAGUUGUUCCGCUCAUUUGCGCAAUCGUUUUGGUCGUUUCCGCGGUUAUUCUGGGGUAUGUCAUGCUCAAACGUAGCGGCAGAGGGAACUACCUCGGUGAAAUAUUACCGAAUCAGCAGCAACAACAACAAGCAGGAUUGGGAAUAGUUCAACAACAACAGCACCAACAACAACAUCAUCACUUGUCCAGCUGUAUGUCGACCGUGCAACUCAAAUCGACUGCUGAACGUGACAACAGACGCAAUCAUCAGGUUUACACUAGUUCACCCGUAAAGCAAGAGAAUCACAAACCCACCGACCAUGGAUCAGAAAUGUACGAGAUAAGUCCGUACGCUACGUUUAGCGUUCCUGGAAGAGAGAAUCGUUCGGUAACAACGGCAACGCUCGAUUAUACGAUGCAGUUCAAGACGUUUGGUCAUUUGGAGAACGAAGACAUCAAUACUAUCGAUUACGAGAGAUCUAGCGUGGAAUUUGAAAGGUCAAAAACACCAAGGUGGCACAAGCAACGUUACUUUCCGAGCAUUGCGGAAGCCGAGAGCAAGCUACGAUCAAGUCGACAAGGCUCCGGUAGCGAUACAUCCGGAAGUCCUUGCGGCGAAUGCGCCGGGCCUAGUUAUAGAGUUCCAGUAAAGCCUUGUAGAGAUGUAUUUUCGCGAGGUGUGGAAUCGAGUACGGAAUCUAACAACGAAGGCUCGCCCUCACUCGCGAGACGACGAAGCCGACAACCGAGCCGGUCUACUCGCAGUUCGGUAGAGGAUAUGACACUAUUGCCGCCCAGCGGGUUCAGCGACAGCCGUGAAUUAAGCGACGUGGAAUGCGACCGUGAUCGUGAUCGCGAGCGCGAUCGUGAAUGGCAAGGUCUGUCAACCGGAACUCGUCACGGCGGCAGUUUGGGCAGACUCCCGAUCGAGGCCGUCGAAUCUAUGCUCGCUAGAUAUCAGCAAAGAAAAGAGCAAGAGAGACAAGAAUUCACUAUACACGUAUGAUCGAGAUUCGCUGGUUCGACUUGGUAUCUUCGCCGGACGAUUUAAUGUUAUUUAGAAAGAGAGAUAACAAAUCCCUUCUUAAAACUAUCGUCGUUGACGGAAAUUUAAAAAGAAAAUCUUAAAAAGAUUGGUAGAGCAAUAUAUGUCCAAAGACAAUUCAAUUGACAAAGUGAGAGAGAGAGAAAGAGUGACAGCAGAGACUCUCAGGUCUAUUCGUCGAAGAGACGUCUCAAUUAAUGCUACAUCUGCACCAAAAAAAUACUGCCGUUAAUAUAUAUAAAACAAGGCCUUCGUACACACGUAACCCUGUAUGUACCACGUACGAUAUCGCGCCGAAAGAGAAUCCUGAGGAAAACACCAAUUUUCAGCGAUAUAUGAUUAAUCGAGGAACAAGGGGAAACAAACAUUCGAUGAUUAAUAUACGUUUUUGAUAGCAUUUUCUAUCAGCGAAUUACAAUUUUUCUAUUCUUUCUAUUGCCGAAUUACGAUUAUAUUACCUUACGAAACGUGAUUAUAUGAUAAAAAAAAAAAAGUGUGAUUGACCGAUCCAUUUCUUUCGCGACGACCAACUAUUGAUAUACAGGGUGAACGCCAACUUCCAUACGAGUACCUCCGCUUUAUUAGUACGAUCUAUAUUUAUUAACGAGCCAUUCGAUGUACGAAUGUAAGAAUGAUCGAUUAUCGGGAAUGAGAGUAUUACAAUUUAAAAGAUUUUAAAAAUGUUGCAACGUCUUCGCAGCGUUACAUGUUACCCCGAAUAAAAACAUAGGUCAAUUAAUUAAAAAGAAAUGGCAGGCAGUUAUAUAUAUUGUGUUGAAUUAAAUUCUAAAAUUACGAAAUAUCAUCGAACAUCAUUUCCUACAAAUUUUUCGAUUCUUCUCGAUUUGAAAUAUUCUUAAAAGUGCGCGAUAUGAUUCGAUUAAUCUGAUUUUAAAAUCGACUUUCCGUAAACAAUUUUUCAAAUAGUGCCAAUUCUCUAGCUUAGUAUUUAAGAACGUUGUAAAAAAAGAAUCUGGGAGAACAAGGAAGACACGAAUGUGUUCCGUUCUAUCCUAAUUCAACGUAUUUGUGCGCUAUAUUAAAUAGUAUUUACGAAUCGAUCCUUCGAAUAAGCGACUAGCGCCUUAACUAUGUAAAUAAACGCUCUUCACGAAACGACACUUUAUCGAUGUGGUCGUAAAAUUCGCUAGCGAUUAUGAAAUAUCAUGCGUACGCAGAGAGUCUUACAAUUAGUAUCUAUUUGCCGACAAAGUCGAGAAGAUCGUAUUAGCAUAGCGCGAUCUCGAUAAAAAUCAUAGCUUCUCGCCGAAGAUUCGGCGUCUCGUUUUCAUCUCGAAGAUCUCUUCUGUAAAGUGAGACUGAGAUUAACGUGAACAGAAUACGCUUACAUUGAUUUCUGCCAAAGAAAGUAAACGGUUAGUCCAACGGUUCGGACCAAGCGACAUUUUUCGAUCACGCCAAAAACCGGAGACACGCAUAACACGCGACGAUUUCUUCCAUCUUUUUUCUUUUUUCUUUUUUUCUUUAUUUAAAAAAAAGAGAGAUAAAGACUUGCUUAUAUAAAAUUAUCUCGUUGGCUGUUUUUAUUAAGGCAUUAUAAACGUGGAUAAGUCUCUAUAAGAACUUUAUGAAAAUUUACAAUAUGUGUCCCUUAUUACUUUAUAGCGAAUUAUCGCGUAAAUGCAAUAUGUAUAUAUAUAAAUGACAUAAAUGACAUGAUUAGAAUGCGAUUUUUCGAGAUUAUCGAACGCGCUCAUUUUGGAGGACAAAAAUAUGUGCGAGCUCAUCAUAAUCGAUAUCAUAAUAUUACAAGAAUUCAAAAAAAGAAUUCUUGUAAUAAAAUGAAUUCACUCAUUUCUUGUAAUAAAAAGAAUUGAGAAAAAAAUCUACUCUGUAAAAUUGGAUUCUUAAUUUCUUUGAAAUUAAAAAAACUAUUUAAAAAUUGUCAGUUUAUUGUAAUUCAUUUAUUUUCGGCAGGGUAAGACAUCCUCUGUUUAGAGUACGAAUAAUUUUUAGAGAGAGAGAGAGAAAAUACGUGCAUGUUUUAUUUCAUCACCCAAUCGCAAUCGUAAAAGCAAGAUUAUCCGUUGAACAAGUUUGGAUAAAUGUAAAAUAGAUCAUUUUGAAAAACGAAAGCGUAUAUGUGUAAAUGUCUUAAUUCAUCGAGCAAAUAGAAUUGUAAAAGCAAGACUGUCCAUUUAAAUAAUUGAAAUAAAAAAAAAUGCGGAACAAAAUAAAAACAAUACAUGACGAAAAAAUUUAGUAAAAAAAGCCAUUUUGAGACAAUUCUGAAAUUUGUAUACGCCGAAAGAACGAUCUACUAAGAAAUAUGUAUACACCCAUGAGAGAAAAGAAUAUAAAAAAAUAAAAAGAAAAAAUAUGAUACGCAGUUGUUCUAAAGGUUUUGUAUAUGUACCAUUGAUUUCA